GGAGGAUUUGGGGUGUAAAUAAUAAAAUGAAAGCAAUAACUUGUCACGGAGACAAGACAAAUAUUUGUGAAAGGCGAUAAUCCGCGCAUUAUCGAGCACCCCAUGGAUAUGACCGUGCCAAAAAAUGAUCCUUUCACAUUUAAUUGCAAAGCCGAAGGUGAUCCAACGCCAUCCGUACAAUGGUUUAAAGAUGGUCAUGAAUUGAAAACUGAUACGGGUUCACAUCGGAUUAUGUUGCCAGCUGGCGGUUUGUUCUUUCUGAAGGUGAUACAUUCACGUCGUGAAAGCGACGCGGGCACGUACUGGUGUGUAGCAAAAAAUGAGUUCGGUGUGGCACGUUCGCGCAAUGCUACGCUACAAGUUGCAUUUCUACGCGAUGAAUUCCGCCUCGAACCGCAAAACACGCGCGUUGCACAAGGCGAAGUGGCCCUGAUGGAGUGCGGAGCGCCGCGUGGUUCACCGGAACCGCAGAUUUCAUGGCGUAAAAAUGGUCAAACAAUGAAUUUAAGCAGCAAUAAGCGUAUACGCAUUGUCGAUGGCGGUAAUCUGGCGAUACAGGAUGCGCGACAGUCGGACGAUGGGCGUUAUCAGUGUGUGGUAAAGAAUGUGGUGGGGACACGUGAAUCAGCAACAGCUUUUCUGAAAGUACAUGUGCGUCCAUUUCUCAUACGCGGCCCGCAAAAUCAAACCGCCGUCGUUGGCAGUUCGGUUAUCUUUCAGUGUCGCAUUGGUGGUGAUCCAUUGCCGGAUGUCCUGUGGCGACGCACCGCUUCAGGCGGAAAUAUGCCAUUACGUCGUGUGCACAUCCUUGAGGAUCGUAGCCUUAAACUGGAUGACGUUACGCUGGAAGAUAUGGGAGAGUACAGUUGUGAAGCGGAUAAUGCGGUCGGUUCAAUUACAGCCACGGGCACAUUAACCGUACACGCACCACCAAAGUUCAUCAUACGCCCCAAAAAUCAACUUGUCGAAAUCGGUGAUGAAGUGCUCUUCGAAUGUCAAGCCAGUGGCUAUCCAAAACCCACACUCUACUGGUCGGUCGAAGGUAAUAGCUCGUUGCUCUUUCCUGGCUACAAGGAUGGACGCAUUGAGGUGACGUUAACGCCCGAAAGCCGUUCCGUGCUUUCGAUAUUGCGUUUUGCGCGUGAAGACUCGGGUAAAGUGGUCGUUUGUAAUGCAUUAAAUGCGGUUGGCAGCGUCAGCAGUCGUACCGUUGUUACCGUGGACACACAAUUUGAGCUGCCACCGCCAAUUAUUGAGUUGGGUCCUGUCAAUCAGACACUGCCAGUUAAAUCGAUCGUAACGCUACCAUGUCGCACUAGCGGCACACCAACACCGCAAGUCUCUUGGUAUUUGGAUGGCAUACCAAUCGAUGUGAACGAGCACGAGCGGCGAAAUCUCUCCGAAACGGGUACACUCACCAUAGCGGAUUUGCAACGGAAUGAGGAUGAGGGCUUGUACACAUGUGUGGCCAGUAAUCGGAAUGGUAAAUCCUCGUGGAGUGGCUACCUGCGCUUGGAUACUCCAACUAAUCCGAAUAUCAAAUUUUAUCGCGCACCCGAGCUUUCUACGCAUCCGGGACCGCCGGGUAAACCGCAGAUAGCAGAAAAGACCGAAGAUACAGUGACGUUGACGUGGACGCGCAGUAAUAAGGUCGGCGCAUCCAGCUUGGUAGGCUACAUCGUUGAAAUGUUCGGUAAGAACGAGACGGACGGUUGGGUGGCUGUUGGAGCGCGCAUACAAAAUACGACCUUCAUGCAAGUGGGCCUCGUGCCGGGUGUUAAUUACUUUUUUGUGAUACGUGCCGAAAAUUCGCACGGUUUAUCGCUGCCUAGUCCAAUGUCGGAGCCGAUCAAUGUUGGCAUGCGUUUCUUUAACAGCGGCUUGGAUUUGAGUGAGGCGCGCGCUAGCUUAUUGUCUGGCGACGUGGUGGAACUAAUUAACGCGAGCAUCGUAGACUCGACAAGCAUGAAAUUGACGUGGCAGAUAAUCAACGGCAAAUACGUGGAAGGCUUUUACAUCUACGCGCGUCAAUUGCCAAAUCCACCAACCACCACUGCCACCAGCAGCGCGAUUGCAAAUCCAUUGCUGGAAUCACGUAGCGGCAGCUCGUCGUCGUUGUCAGCAGCUGACGCUGCGACGGCCGCAUUGAUUUCGGCGAAACCAAAUAUUGCCGCUGCCAGACGUGAUGCGGUCGCCAAUAAUGCUGCCACCUUCACCACCGACUUUGGUGCCGCAACAUCAAGCAGCACCACAUAUCGCAUGCUAACGAUCCUGAACGGCGGUGGCGCCUCAUCCUGCACACUAACUGGCCUACUGCAAUAUACGCUCUAUGAAUUUUUUAUUGUACCCUUUUAUAAGUCCGUCGAGGGAAGACCGUCGAACUCACGUAUUGCGCGCACUUUGGAGGAUGUUAUAAACGACACACCUUUUGGAAUGGAAGCAGUGCUGUUAAAUUCUUCUGCAGUCUUCCUGAAAUGGCGAGCACCUGCAAUGAAGCCUCAACAUGGCAUUCUACUUUUCUAUCACGUAAUUGUGCGCGGCAUUGAUACCGCACACAACUUCUCACGCAUUCUCACGAAUGUGACCAUUGACUCUGCCUCGCCAACGUUGGUACUGGCCAAUUUAACGGAGGGCGUUAUGUAUACAGUAAGUGUGGCGGCAGGCAAUAAUGCGGGUAUCGGACCUUAUUGUUCACCGGCUACAUUGCGACUGGAUCCAGUGACCAAGCGUUUGGAUCCGUUCAUAAAUCAGCGCUAUCCCAUCAAUCAGGAUCACGUCGAUGAUGUGCUCACCCAACCUUGGUUCAUCAUUCUGCUCGGCGCCUUUUUGGCCAUGAUGAUGCUCUCACUCGGCGCCAUGGUAUUUAUUAAACGCAAGCAUAUGCUGAUGAAGCAAUCCGCUUUGAAUACGAUCAGAGGCGCUCACCCAAACGAUGUGCUCAAAAUGCCUAGUCUGUCGCGCAAUGGCAAUGGCUAUUGGUUGGACUCAUCAUCAGGUGGCAUGGUAUGGCGCACUUCACCUUCUGGCGAUACGUUGGACCUGCAAAAAGAUCAAAUCGCCGACUAUGCACCUGUAUGCCUAACAAACGGCACUGUUGGUGUGAAUGGUGGGGAGGGUGGUGCUGGUAGCAGCGCUGGCGAACGCAAUCAACAAAGAUAUGUCGGCGAGUACUCCAACAUUCCCACUGACUAUGCGGAAGUAUCAAGUUUUGGCAAAGCACCCAGCGAAUAUGGCUGUGGUGGCGUGCAACGCCAUGAAUCUAGCUCACCAGCACCCUACGCCACAUCGGCCAUACUGAAUGGCAGCAGCGGCAGUGGUCAGCAGCAGCCACGUUAUCAGCAACGACCAGGCGACUUCCGUGUGCAGCAGCAACAGCAACAAUUCCAACAGCCACAUCAAAGACCUAUGCAUCCACACUAUCACCAACAACAGCAGCAACAACCACAACAACAGCAGUCACAUCAUCAUCCGCAGCAACACUCUGUGGGCAAUAUUUACCAGCCCAUGUCGGUGACCAGCGAAAUCUAUCCAAGCAACACUGGCAGCCGUUCCGCCUAUUCGGAGCAAUAUUACUAUGCCAAGGAGAAGAUACAUAUCACGGAGAACAAGUUGAGCAGCUGUCACACCUAUGAAACGGCAGGUGAACAUCAAAAGCAGCAACAACAACAACAACAAUUGCAAUUGCAACCUAUACAACAGCAAUUUGCCAGCGUUGGCACGCUACGUCGCCAGUUGAAUGGCGCGCAUGGCGUGGGUGGCGGCAGUGGGCGCUUUAAAGUUAUCAUGCAGCAACAGCAGCAGCAACAGCAACAACAGGCAGCACAGCAUAGUCCUAGCAUGUGCGCUGAGAAGUUGCAAUUACAGAAGUUGAAUGCUUUAAACAACAACAACCACAACCAUAAUGGCAACAGCAAUGGCAAUGAAAGCGGCACCACUGAGCUUUCGAAAAAUUUGCUCGACUUAGACGCCGGCUCGUUCUGUUACAAUGGGCUCGCGGACUCUGGCUGUGGCGGUUCGCCCUCCCCGAUGGCCAUGCUGAUGUCGCAUGAGGAUGACCAGGCGCUCUAUCACACGGCUGACGGUGAGUUGGAUGGUGAUAUGGAGCGUUUGUAUGUGAAAGUCGACGAGGAGCCACAGCAGCAACAACAGCAAUCACAAUUGAGCGUACAACAGCAUCAUCAUCAGCAACAAAAACAGCAACAACAACAACACAUAAUGCCUUUACCGCCACCAAAUCAAGUGCAUCCUAGCGUAGCCAUAACAGUCAGCGCGAACAGUGGCAAUAAUUGGCGCACACAAUCACAGCAACAGCAGCAACCCUUCGUGCGCGCCUCCUAUCGCGCCGGCAGCGGCAGUAAUAACCUAAUGAUGACCAGCAGUAGCAGCAGCGCGGCCAAGAGCAAUACCAGCAGCAUUGGCGGCAGUAGCUCACUCAGCUCAUGUUCAGAGAGCGCUGAGGAGCGGCAGCAACAACAACAUAAAAUGUUGCAAAAUGGUGAUUGUGAAUUGAUUUAUGCACCCAGCAGCGUGGCGAGUGAACGCAGUUUGCUGAGCAGCGGUAGCGGCAGCGGCAGCGGUUGUGGCAGUGGUGGCAGCAUGUCGGCUCAUCCGCAAGGGCCGCUUGUGUGACCGGUAGAACAGUGUGUUAUUGUAGGCGGUAGCGUAGCGUGUGGCGCGUUGAAGAGUAUGGGCUUAACAACUUAUGGUGUUAUGGAGUUAGGAGAUGAGAGCGCAUGUGAUGAGGCAGCGCAGGUGGAUUAUUAUACGCGCGAAGUGCAGGAGUUGUUGGCGUGGUGUGAACGCGUAAACAAAGGACAGCUGGAGCCGAGUGAGUGAGGAGAGUGCAGGAGAGUAGUAGAGAGGGAGUGAGAAUAAAUAUAAAAAUGAACGAAAAUAUAUAAAUUUAUAACACAUAGUAAUUACAUAUAUACGAACGCGUACAAAGUUAGCAGAGCGGUGUCUGAGGCGUCCGUAGGAGAAUCAUAUUUGAAGAAGUGGAAGUAUUUCUGACUUUUCACAGUUCU